ACUUCCUUGUUGUGACUCCCGGCCUGGCAGUGUCCGGACUCGUAGCCCCGCUGUCCGCACCGGGACCGCUAGCCCGAGUCUAGGUCACAGCCACAACCCCAUCCCGUCGGUUAUCCUUUGAGUACAGGUCCUUUCCCCGCACGCCUUGCGCUCCCUAACAUGCCCAACCCCAGCAGCACCUCCUCUCCCUACCCCCUCCCUGAGGAAAUUAGGAACCUGUUGGCAGAUGUUGAAACAUUUGUAGCAGACACAUUGAGAGGGGAAAAUUUAUCCAAGAAAGCAAAGGAAAAGAGAGAAUCCCUUAUUAAGAAGAUAAAAGAUGUAAAGUAUACCUAUCUUCACGAAUUUCAAGACAAAGGUGAUGCAGAAGAGGGGGAAGAAUAUGAUGACCCUUUUGCUGGGCCUCCAGACUCUAUUUCCCUAGCCUCAGAACGAUAUGACAAAGAUGACGAAGCCCCCUCUGAUGGAAACCAGUUUCCUCCAAUUGCAGCACAGGACCUUCCUUUCAUCCUGAAGGCUGGCUACCUUGAAAAACGCAGAAAAGAUCACAGCUUUUUGGGAUUUGAAUGGCAGAAACGGUGGUGUGCUCUCAGCAAAACAGUGUUCUAUUAUUAUGGAAGUGAUAAAGACAAACAACAGAAAGGUGAAUUUGCAAUAGAUGGCUAUGAUGUCAGAAUGAAUAACACCCUUAGGAAGGAUGCAAAGAAAGAUUGCUGCUUUGAAAUCUCUGCUCCUGAUAAACGGAUCUAUCAGUUUACAGCAGCUUCUCCCAAAGAUGCUGAGGAAUGGGUACAGCAGCUGAAAUUUGUAUUACAAGAUAUGGAAUCUGAUAUUAUUCCUGAGGACUAUGAUGAAAAAGGAGAAUUAUAUGAUGACGUUGAGCAUGCUCUACCAAUCAGCAACCCACCAACAAGUGGGCAACCAAUAGACGAUGAAAUUUAUGAGGAACUUCCAGAGGAGGAAGAAGACAACGCUUCUGUGAAAAUGGAAGAACAAAGGAAGAUGAGUCAGGAAAGUGUGCAUCACACCUCAGGUGAUAAAAGCACUGAUUACGCUAAUUUUUACCAGGGUCUGUGGGACUGUACAGGAGCACUUUCUGAUGAGUUGUCAUUUAAGCGUGGUGAUGUGAUUUACAUUCUUAGCAAGGAAUACAAUAGAUAUGGCUGGUGGGUAGGAGAAAUGAAGGGAGCCAUUGGCUUGGUGCCUAAAGCCUACGUAAUGGAGAUGUAUGAUAUUUGAGAGUCCUGGCAGGAGAAAUCAACAUUUUGACUGAAGAAAAAAAUUAAAAUACAACUUUCCCUUCCUGCUUACAGAGAAGGAAGAGUCUUCUGCUUAUCUGCAAAUGUUUCGGAUUUAGAAGCCUUGUGAAAGCAUGAGUGACAGCCCAUAACCUUUCUUUGUUUUGUUGAACAUCCCUGGCUUUGACUAUUAUUUUAUAUAGUCGUUCAUUAAAAUAUUCCUCUGAAGUGAAAUUAAAUGAAGGGUAUUAAUGUAAAUUAGAUGCAAGCCAUAAAGUUAUACCUGUUGCUGUUUUGCAAAGAAAUAAUUGCAGUUUUUAUUCACCCAUUUAGUGAUUUGUGUGAAGAAUUCAUUACUGUUUUAUGCAAACCAUGUAGUUACUACUACUUCCAGUGUGAGUUGUAAUUUCUCUUAAUCAUUGAACAUCAGUUAUUUUUUAGAGUGUAAUAUAUAAUUUCAUAGAAUUUUAAUUGAAUAUAUCAUGCAGGGCUUAGGCAGAUGCUAAAAAAUGUGAGUAUGCUAAAGCUUUGUAAAUCAUUUACCUUAGUAUUUAUUUUUCACACAAUAGUAACAUGUUCUCAUGAAAGAAGUCCUACAAAGUGGCAAAUUUACUUCCCCUUAAAUAYAGCCAUGAGAAAGAAAAAAAGUGAUAUAAUUACAAAUGGCUAUGUGCUGUCACCUGCAGCACAAGAGUGAACUGGAACCAGGUUUGUGCAGAGCACUUUACACAUAACAGAUAUCCUGGUUUGAUGAUAGGCAUACCAAUGUUUUCUACUGUAUUUUUGUUUAAAUUUAAUGAAAUAAAAGAUUUGUAAAAAACCUCAUUCUACCACUGAUAAAAUGGUAUAAACAGCCUCAAUAUAUUCUCAAAGUAAGAAAGUGUGACCCAAUACUCUCUUAUCCUACCUUGUUACCGUGCUAUUGAAGUCCCACCAGAAAACAGCACAACUCUGAGCUCUUUUCUGUACUUCUCAGAGUGCUGAGAAGAAAAGGAAGGCCCAGAGAGCAAAGUGUAGAAGUCACAGGGUAACAUGCACCAGCAGGUGGAUGGAAGGGGGUACUGUUUGGCUGGCAUCUGAGUUAUGCUCAGUGCUGCAUGAAUGAGAUUUGCAGAUCAAAUCAUUAAUGUGUAUUUUAAAUCAGGGGAAUUUUAAAUGCCUGUGAAGUACCAGUAUGCCCUUAAAAUACAUUAAAAUGCAUUGUGAUGACUAGAAUAGAUAUAAUCUCCUAAGAUGGAAUCAUUACUUAGCUGGUACUAUCUUUGUGAAGUUUUCAGAUCUUUGCUUUGUAAAGGUAAAGAUGCUAACCAUGCAAAUGAAUUGGUAAUAUUUUAAAACCUCCAUUAUUUAUUUACAACUCUUUACAAAUGAUAUUAGAGUGUUUAUUUUACAGUUAUCUCCUAAGUUUCAAAUUUUUAAGGAAAAAAAAAAAACUUACUUUUUGGGACUGUGAGUAAAUUGAAAUUUACAUAUAGACCCAUCAAGUUAAAGUUUUCAGAACUUACAUUUGUGUGGUCAUUACCCUUUUCCUGAUGUAGUGCCACUGAACUAGAUAGAAGUCAUCUUGGCAAAAGUUAGACCACUGGAGAUGAACUUCAUGGACUAGUUUUCAAAGCCUGAGUAGUUGAAAAGCAAAAGCAGCUCCCCCAACUGUAGCAGGCCUGUGGAGUCAGCUUCCUGCCUGCCACCUAAAUGAAGUGUUUAGUACUGGGCCAGUAGAUGGCAGCAGCUUGUCACUGCAUACAGAACACUUGGCAACCCCUCCCCCACUAGAGGACUAAUUCAAGAGUUUAGGAGAUUUCUGCCUCUUUUUACAGUUAAUCCAGGAGAGGGAGUCCUCUGCCAACUGAUGACCAACAAUUCCAAGCCAGCUAGUCUUUGAAUGGUGGCAGUACAGAAAUAUGGUGUUACUGCUGUCCAGGGCUCCCCUGGCCUUUGUUCUUUUUUAACUUGAAUAUAGGUGGGGGAUAUAGAAAGGAAACAGAAGAUUUAAAAUUGGAGUGACAAGAAAGGCAAUCGUUACUUUCAAUUCAUGACUACUCUACAUUCAUUUGAUGGAAUAAUUUGUAUACAACCAGGGAGAAAGUUUUCUUUACACCCAUGACAAUAUAUCACGUACUCUUCAAGAUCAUAAUAAUAUCAUUAAUGUGAAUUUAAACAACAUGGCUUGUUAGAAAAUAUGCUAAUUGUUAUGUUCUCAUUAUGUUUGCUUAGCUUUUAUUUGUUUUUCUAUGAACAGUUAGAGAGCUAAUUUUUUUCAAAGGUGAUUGUAAGUCAUAUUUUAUAUAGCAUUUUGCUUGAUUAUUUGCUCUGUACUGAAUUUGUACUCUAUUGCCAUUAGAUCUUACAAUAAUGUUCCACUCUGCAAAUUUUUAAGGUUCAAAUAAAGUUUAAUUGUUUGCAAACUGUUAUGAUGCUAAUAAUUCAACAGCCUGCUGUGUUACUAAUGAAAUUACUUUGUUAUGAUUAAUUUGGAAAAUAGUGUGUUGAUUGUAGUAAUUAAGCACAACAAGGUGAAGUAAAUGAUUCUAAUGCCAUCUGGCCUCCAAACUGAAUGAAGAAAUGAAAUAGGGCUGUCAUCUGAAUUUAUUCAAAGAAGUAAGGAUAAUACAAAUGACUUUCAUUGCCAUAGGAUUUACACUUAACCACAGCUCACUCCAUUCUGUUUCUGCCACUUUGCUGUGUAUGACUCUUUCUUUUAUGAAAAGGAAUAUUGUUUAGUCCAGUACUUGUUCUGAAUACGUCAAGCUGAUUAUUUUUACCAUAAUUUAAUUACAGAUAAUUACAUACAGUAUUGUAGGAUCAUAGAAAAAUCACUUUUCAACCAUCUGCAGGUGAAAUCUGUAUAUGUGGGUUUGGUUUUUGGAGUCUUUUGCCAUCAUUGUACAAACACUUGAUGAAGAAAGUCUUUCACAAAGAACAUAGCUUCUAUUCAGUUGUUUUCUAAAAUGUUUGCAGCCAAGGUUCUCAUGGUUCUGUUGAUUUCUACUUUUUAUACAAUUUCUCGAACCUAUUGUUACUCACUUCAUCAGCUCUCGUACCAUCUAGAGUCGUGAUUAAAAUCAGAACUGAUUACAUAUCAUAGAUUUUGAUUUGCAAUUCAGCUACUAGAAUGAAACUGGCCUCAGCAUACGUGUAGUUUAAGUUUGAACUUCAUGAGUGAGACUAAGUGAAUCACUGUAAAAAAUUUUAAAUCAAAUAAAGUUCU